CAAAUUGGGCAGUGUGGGUCCGACCGAUUCUCCACCUCGCGAUAUCUCUGUAACAUGACAGCCUAAUCAACAGCCUGGAAAGAGCUGUUGGUGUUAUAUUUCCACUAAAAGCCUCCUGCCCGCUUCUUCAUCGUGGCGUUUCCAUUGUGGCAUUGAGCUAUCACUAAUCAAUCGCUACAAUAUGCAACGUUUCCCUCACUUUUGACCCAUACCCACUCCGUUUUUGAGGCUUAUUGGGGGUUCUUAGCUCCAGUAGUGAGGUAAGGAUAGUGGAAACUGGAAAAAGAUUGGAUUUUUUUUUUUUUUUUUAAAUCUCAUUUUAGUUGCAUUUUUACUGUUGCAGACAUAUGUUAGCUUGAUUGUUGUACUUGAACACUGAUUUGGGUAGAUCUGGGAUGAUUGGGUUGUGGGUUUCUUGAGAAAUAGUUGCUGGGAUUUGAGUGUGGCAGAUUCAGAUAUUCAAAUCUUGAAUUGCCUUUGACAUUGUAUUUGUUCAAAGUUCAAACCAAUUGUGGGUUUGUAGUGUUAAGGAAUUGGGAUUCUUAGGAUGGUGAAUUUGAGGACACAGAUAUGGGUACCUUUGAUUUUAGGUGUUAUAGUGUUAGGUUUACUGGGUCAAGGGUCAUUUGGUGCUUUCACUCCUGUGGAUAAUUACUUGCUUGCUUGUGGAUCUUCACAGAAUGUCACAUUUCUUGGCCAAACCUACAUUCCUGAUUCAGUUAGAUCCUCGGUUUAUCUGAAAAAUGGGGGAAAUCCUGUUGUUUCCACUGCCAAUUCUACUGCCCCGUUCCCCGUAUACCAAUCUGCUAGAAUUUUCAGCAGCACUUCGUCUUACAAGUUUGAUAUUAAGCAAGAAGGCCACCAUUGGCUCCGCCUCUAUUUCUACCCGCUCCCAGGCCACAAUUUAACGUCUGCUUCUAUCACUGUAGUUACUGAGAAUUUCGUUCUUUUGAACAAUUUCAGUUUCGCGAGAUACAAUGGUUCCUACCUCUUCAAAGAGUUUGUGAUCAAUAUUGCCUCAGAUACCUUGGUUCUUACUUUCAUUCCUUCCAACAACUCUAUUGCGUUUGUUAAUGCGAUUGAAGUUGUUUCCAUCCCAGAUGAGUUUAUACCUGAAGGGCCACCGGUCGUUUAUCCUCCUGGCAAUUUUAAUGGCCUUUCUGAACUAGCCCUUGAAACUGUUUAUCGGUUAAACAUGGGUGGCCCUCUGGUUACUCCUCAGAAUGAUACCUUGGGAAGGACUUGGGAGAAUGAUAUGAAAUAUCUCCACGUGAACAGCUCUGCUGUGAAUGCUUCGGUGAGUCCAUCAACCGUAAAGUAUCCAGCCGGUGUCACGCCUGAAAUAGCACCGAAUUGGGUUUAUGCUACUGCUGAAACGAUGGGAGAUGCUAAUGUUGCCGAUGGGAAUUUCAAUAUCACUUGGGUGUUCCCAGUGGAUCCAGAUUUCAUGUAUUUUGUCCGGGUUCAUUUUUGUGAUAUUGUGAGCAAAUCUAUGAAUACUCUGGUCUUCAAUCUUUAUAUCAACGAUCACAUUGCUUUAGCUGAGCUCGACUUGUCUAAUCAAGCUGGCAACUUGGAUGUGCCAUACUACCGAGACUUUGUCUCCAACUCCUCGUCUGCUGAUUCGGGUACUCUGACAGUUAGUGUGGGCCCGGAUCUAGACUCCGAUGAUGCGAUCAUGAACGGUUUGGAGAUCAUGAGGAUUAGCAAUGAAGCCAGAAGCUUGGAUGGGGCUUCCCCUGUCGAGAGUCUCCUAGUAUUGCCUUCCAAGAAGAACAAGACGGCUAUCAUUGUUGGUUCUGCUGUUGGAGCCUCGGUUGCUUUGGUGUUGAUUGGUUUGUGUUGCUGCUGCAUCUUACCUCGUUUUUCAAAGGCGCCCGAACAGGGACAAGGGCACCCUUGGCUUCCUCUUCCGUUAUAUGGGAAUUCUUUGACCUUGACAAAAAUGUCGACGACUUCUCAAAAGAGUGGAACAGCGAGCUGCAUAUCCUUAGCUUCUUCAAACUUUGGAAGGUUCUUCAGUUUCCAAGAAAUAAUGGAAGCAACUAACAAGUUUGAUGAAAGCUUGCUUCUGGGUGUUGGUGGUUUUGGAAGGGUCUACAAGGGUACACUGGAAGAUGGGAUGAGAGUAGCUGUGAAAAGAGGCAACCCGAGAUCUGAGCAAGGGCAGGCUGAAUUUCGAACCGAGAUUGAGAUGUUGUCAAAGCUUCGGCACCGCCACCUGGUGUCUUUGAUUGGGUAUUGCGACGAGAGGUCUGAGAUGAUACUCGUGUAUGAGUACAUGGCUAACGGCCCUCUUCGAAGCCAUCUUUAUGGAACUGACCUCCCACCGCUCUCGUGGAAGCAGCGUCUCGAGAUAUGUAUCGGGGCAGCUAGGGGGCUGCAUUAUCUCCACACGGGUGCAGCUCAGAGUAUCAUUCACCGAGACGUGAAAACCACCAACAUACUCUUGGAUGACAACUUCGUGGCUAAAGUUGCUGAUUUUGGCCUCUCGAAAGCUGGACCAUCAUCCCUCGAUCAGACCCACGUGAGCACUGCUGUUAAGGGCAGCUUUGGAUACCUCGACCCCGAGUACUUCCGGAGGCAGCAGCUCACCGAGAAAUCAGAUGUGUACUCAUUUGGCGUCGUGCUGAUGGAAGUCCUUUGCACCAGACCCGCUCUGAACCCAGUCCUUCCUCGCGACCAAGUAAACAUAGCCGAGUGGGCAAUGACUUGGCAGAAGAAAGGAAUGCUGGAUCAGAUCAUGGACUCGAAUCUGAAAGGGAAGGUGAACCCCGCCUCCCUAAAGAAAUUCGGGGAGACAGCAGAGAAGUGUCUGGCUGAGCACGGGGUCGACAGGCCUUCCAUGGGCGACGUUUUGUGGAACUUAGAAUACGCUCUGCAGCUCGAGGAGGCCUCUUCAGCUCUCACAGAACCCGAUGAUAACAGUACUAACCAUAUCUCUGGCAUCCCAUUGACCCCCCUCGAGCCAUUUGACAACAGUGUAAGCAUGAUUGAGGGGAUUAACUCAACAGACGAUGAUGCAGAGGAUGCUGCCACCAGUGCUGUCUUCUCCCAGCUCGUAAACCCACGUGGAAGGUGAGACCAGCAAAAUCCCAGUUUUAUGCAAUCUUGACCAUUUUUUUGGCUUUCUGGCCUCAAGAUCAAGAUUUUACAGGAAAGUGAUCUAGUAGUAUAAGUGUAUAAUUGUUCUAUACUGGGAAAUUUAGACAUUAAAACCUUAGUAAUAUGAUUCAAUAUGUAUUGUAAAUGAUUUCUGAGCCAAAAAGCAUCUCUUCAAAACGUGCUCGGAUUACCAACAGAUCUGUACCAUUGUUUUUCUAUCAGUUUAUCUUGUUAUUUCAUACUAUUGUUCCUGAAUCCUAAACAUGUGCUGUGAAGAAUCUGUGGAUAUUCAACUUCAUGAAUCCUUUGGCUGCUGUU